GAGUUUUCUAACAUGACGUCAAAGUGACGGUCAUCCGAGCAUGUGAUAUGGGAUAAAAGACCAAUUGUCUACUGGACAGACGUCCCUUUCGUGGGAUGCAUUCUCAUCACAAUCAUUCAUCAAACAAUACUCCCCUACCAAGAAUUAGUAUCUACAUCUAAAAAAAAGAAAGCAUCAGUAUCUGCCAGACGCCAUUCUUUAGCUGGAUGUCAGUUUCCAUCAGGUGACACUUUCCAGCCACUGUACAAGGCACAAUUAAGGGUUCCAUUGACCGUAUGAUCUCAUCAAAACUGUUGAGAUUCAAUAUGACAGCCAAGAAAAUAUGGUUCCUACAACCACGUAAAUUUAAACUUCUGACUCUCAAAUCGAUAAUAGAAGAAGCUUUAGCUCUCCUAAUCCCCCUCACUAACAUGAGUGUUAGAGGGUGAUCAUCAAACAACCUCUUAUAUCUCCUUUGUUCUGUUGUUGUCAAUCUUAAAGAAGGGAGCUACACGUACCCUCGGAACCAGGCUGUUCCGUGGCCUCGUCGUGCUUGGGGUUCUUGAGGUGCUGCCGCGUCCUUGAAGAUUCAAUUCCAAACUUCCUUCAACUAUCGGGGUUCUUGAGAUUCAUAUUUUCUCCCUCUAGAUCAUCUACGCUGGUAGUUUAGUUAAUCAUUUUCUCAUAUUCUGAAAUAGUCAACUUGAUCCGUGAUCGCGCCGUGAAAAUAGUUGGCUGCGUUCUCCUAUAAAAUUCUUCACCCCUUCAAAGCAUUCUGUGUUCCUUUUGUGACUAAUGGCUGAGCAGCACCACCAGCACCACCACCACCUCAUCCGCCACCACAAGGAGGCGAAUCCCGCCGACGAGGUGGUCUACACCGAGUCCGGCUCCACCGGCAAAGACGGGCACACGACUGGUUACGUGAAGACCACCGAGGUGGUCACCAACGACGGCGGCUACGAGUACAGGAAAGAGGAGAAGCAACACAAGCACAGGGAGCACCUCGGCGAGAUGGGGGCCCUCGCCGCCGGUGCCUUCGCGGAGCAUGAGAAGCACAAGGUUGAGAAGGACCCAGAGCACGCUCGUAGGCACAAGAUGGAGGCGGAGAUCGGCAUGGCAAUGGCAGUGGGCAGCGGAGGGUACGCCGCCCACGAGCACCACGAGAGGAAGGAAGCCAAGGAGCAGGCCGAGGAGGCUCAUGGGAAGAAGCACCACCAUUUCUUCUAAGACGGUGGAUUGUUCGGGUUCAUGGUGACCUUCCAAUGUUGGUAAUAAUCGAAGCACGUGGUUCUGGACCGCGUGAAGGCCUUCGUUUGUGUGCGUGUGUUUAAGAUUCACGAAAUUGCUUGAUCAAUAUGAUUGAUAUUAACUAAUAAAGUCUCUGCUUGUGUUUCCUUUGCUUGUGAUGUAAGUCUUCUGAAACACAAGUGAUCAAUCGCUCGUGUACUUGUACUCUGUUAAUGAGCUUUCUGCCCACGCAACCGUAAACUUCCCAAGGUCGCAAAAGCUUCACCACCCAAACCUCCCUCCACCACCUUCUCUGUCGUUUUCAGCAUCUCCUCCGUCAAGGGACGAAGAAACGCAUACUUGCGACGGAAGACGCUUAUAGCUACAUUUAUUCCAGUAAUACUAUGUCCAGAAAUAUAGGAUUAUGGAGCUAGAAUUGGACCUGAGUGUGACGGGAGCCACCAGGAAUCUCGCGUUUGCCUCCACCGAGACGGAGGCCGUCGUCCUCCUCCUCGCUCACCUUCCAGGUAUGGCACAUCCGAUCAUAUGGGUUAUUUUUGGUUAUCGCAGAUUUCUUAGCGACGAUGUGAUGCAGCAGGAUUGGUGCGGGAGAAGAUCGAGGUGUCGGUGAAUGAAGAGGGAACGGAGAUUAGCAUCAGCGGAGGAGGGGACAAAUCCGCCGUUGAGACGGUGGUUGGAAGACGACUGCGGUUGAGGAAUGAGUUCGAGAUUAACCCGUUUCGGAAGGUGUUUCGCAUCCCGAAUGGCGUGGCGUUGGAUCAGAUCGAUGCUGGUUUUUACGAGGAAGGAGACAUUCUGGUGAUUUUGAUGCCCAAAUCUGUUAGAGGUAAUGCUGCUGGAAUCGCAAUCCGAGAAGUGCAAGGAGGAGAAGCUCCAAGGGAACAGAAGCUUGAAGGAGACGAAGUGAUUUCUAUGGACCGACCUCAUGGUCAUGCAGAAGCAAACGAAGCGAGAGCCGCGAUUGAUGAUGCAAAACCACCAAAGGCGGAAGAAGAAGAAGAAACCAAACAAGGAAAAGAAGAGGAUCUAAUCAGAAGAGAAGGGGCCGAAGAGAAAUUGGACCAGAAUGGAGCAGAAAGCUCAGGAACGGACCGUAAUGGAGAUCGAGAACCAAAGCACAUGGAAGCAGAGAUCAAAACACCUAAAGAAAAAGACUUAGAAGAAGAAGAGCGAAGAAAGGUGCCUGAUCAACCUCAAAAGCCCUCGAUCGAGAUGGAAGCACCAGAUCUGCAUGGAGAGCCCCCUCCUUCCGCAGCACCGGCACCAAUCAACGGAGCGGGACAAGAAGAUACAAUCGAGAAGACGAGCGGUCCAGAUCGAGAAGAAGAUGAAGACGAAGUGCCCGACUCGCUUGAAGCGCCUGAAGUGGAUCGAGAUCUCCACCAACCCAAGGGACAGCAGACGUAUCCAGAUCACCAAACGGAACAAGAAGACAAGGCGCAUGAACCGGAGCGACAAGAAGACAGAGCAGUACCUGAAUCGUUCGAAGCACCUCAAUCGGAAGGAGAUCUCCACCAACCCGAGGAACAGCAGACGGAUCCACAUCACCAAACUGAACAAGAAGACCAAGUGCAUGAAUUGGAGCAACAAGAGGACAGAGCAGUACCUGAACCGGGUGGAGAAGAUAUCCACCACCCCGAAGACAAGACAAAACCCGGCGAGAUUUCAGAUCAAAUUCCCCGUCGAUCCGGCGACAAAGCAGAGGAAGCAGCUGACGAAGUCCCGCAGACGGAUAAGCCGAUCGAAGCCCCAGACGAAGGCGAGGGAGAAGAGAGCUCGCCAGGUGAUACAGGAGAGAAAGAGAGAGAGAACGGAUCGAAGGGUAAGAGAAAGAGAAGGGAGAGGGCUAAAGAAGGAGGAGGAGCGCCGCCUCCUUCUCUGGCGGUCUUUGCUUUCAUGUUGUCGCUGGUGGCGCUUGCCGUCCAACUCGUGAGGAGUCGAAGGCGCCGUUAGGCUUCGCACCGGAUUGCAGUUAUGGUGUUGGUUUACAUUGUAGAAUGUGCUAUUGUUUCAAUUGUUUAUAUGGUUCCCUUCUUAUGUUUCUGAAAAA